UCUUUUCGAUGACACUGUAGAUUCACCAAAAUUGAUCAUCGUCGUCGUCGAAAGAAGCAAAGAAGAUAACGUCCGAAAAUGUGGAAAUUAAUGCAAUAUAGGCAUUAUUUCAGUACAUAUCACUUUGUAAACUUCAUUUUAUCAUCCUCAUUUGUAGUACUGAGAGUUGUGAGGCCAUUUUGUACAAUUUUCCCGGAAAAUGACGAUAGCGAGGAAUGCACUUUCUCCUGGAAUGAGUCUAAUAUUCUCCUCUUCCUUGCCUGUACCAUCGCUAUCAAGAACCGGAAAAGACCACCUUUGAAGGAAAUUCUGGUCAAGAUUUUCAUGUUCUUCAAGGUUGCAAAUACGAUUCUGUUCUUUAUGACUGAUCCUCGACUUGCUAUUAUAUUUGCUGCUGUUUGUAUUGGAUGUAUGGUUGUUUUUCCAGAGCCAGCCUACAUUGGACCACAGGAUAUUGUUUACUUCAAAGGAGAUGCUUUGGAGGAUGAACUGAAAAACAAUCCCCGGACAACUUGGAUAGUAGAGUUCAUAGCUACAUGGUCAGCCAGCUGCCAUAACAUUGCACCAACAUUUGCAGAACUCUCAACGAAGUAUGCUCACAACCAUCUCAAAUUUGGAAAGCUGGAUGUAGGGAGAUAUCCUGAAAUUGCGGAAAUAUUCCAAGUUGAUUGUUCAUCUCUUUCCAAGCAACUUCCAACAAUAGUCUUGUUUCAAGGAGGUAAGGAGGUAAUGAGAAAACCAGGACGAAACAAGAAUGGCCAGACUGUCAAGUACGAGUUCAAAAAGGAGAAUAUAAUCCGUGAUUUCAACCUCGAUGGAUUGUUUGAGAGCACUAAGAGUAAAUCACAGAAGAAAGCAGAUAAACAAGAAGCCAAAGCCCAAGAACAGGAGAAAAAAGAUAAUUAACUCUUUGAUUACCAACUAAGAGUUAGGGUUGACCAUUUGGUUAUGGGAUCCAGGUGGUCCCUGUAUGGAGAAUACAGUAGCCAAAGGGUUAAUAGACGAUGCUUAUUUCAAGGGGCUGGAUUCACAAGAGAGAUGAAAUAUGAGUGAACAAGCACACAAUACCCAUGCACAUACUUAAUGAACACCUGUACUCUUGUAGUUGAAAUCAUGUUUAAUGAGCACUCACUUAACCCUUUGGAGACUGAGUCUGCAUAUAUGUGAGCUGAGGUCUAUUGGAAAUAGGUGUUAUACAAGUAACAUGAUCAGCCAGUCUCCAACAGAUUAAAAUUCAAGGAAGUGGGUUUCAAUAGUUUUUUUAAAUAUUAUUUUUACCAAACUUUUUCACACUAGUUGAUUGUACUUACUAGUUUGAGAAAGAUAGAAGUACAAUUCUGUAUUCAUAAAAUUUUCCUGAAAUUGCACAUAUAUGCUUCCCCCCCCCGGCAGAUUUAUGUAUUUGUUUUUCAUUAGCCCUAUGUUUUUCUUCUUGCCAAUUCACUCAAGAUUAAAACUAGCUAUAAUACUACUACUAUUUCAGAUUUCUUAGAUAUGUCACCCAAGAUGCUCCAUGCCAUCAUUCAGAAAAAGCUUGAUUUUAGCAUGACAUGAGACUGUUUUCUGACAGUGUAAGGUUACCAACAUUGCCAUUAUUAUUUUUUUUUCUAAGCUGCCCUCCAUUUUUGAACACCCCAGCGAUGAUGUGCUUCUUAUAUUCCAUGCUGCAACAAAACACAGCCAUAUGAUGUCUUGGUUGUAUCUUUCCAAUCUUCUGGAAUAUUCAUGGUUUCUAAUAAAUGGUUGUAGUUACCAACCACAAAUAUGCAUAGUAAUGAUGAAACUGAUUAAGACAGAAACGCUAACGGAUAAUGGCUGGAUAAAUCAAGUUGAUGUCAUUAUUCAUGAUCAUCCCCCAUAAGGAAUAGUAAAGAAAGGCAUUGAAUAUGUGUAGUGUUUUGGGGGGUCAAGAAUGCAAAUGUUGGCUUCAAUUAUGCUAGGAAAUCGAAAGUAUCAACAGGUAAUUCUCAUAUGUAAUCUUUUUAUUUAAUUCGCAUGUUAGAUUCUGAAAGUUACAAUGGCCAUCAGGCUUUUGAAUGGAAAAAAUUAUGUACAAAUUAAUACUUCUCCAGUUGUAUGAAAAUGUAACCAACAUCUGCAAGGCCCUGAUUUGUCACCCUCUUUUUUGAAUGAAAAAGAAACAUCUGAUGAAGAAGAAAGAUUGUCAGGACUUUAAGGUAUUAUGAAAUAUUUCUUUCAUUGUGUAUCAAUUUUAUAACAUUAAUGAAAUGUUUUGUAAAAAAAAAUGAUUAUAUGUAUGAAAUAGAAUGGAAUUGUUUCAUUUUGGUGCUUGUUCUCUAAAGUGUAUUGUGUAUUAGUCAAUCAUAUGACAUGCUUUCUGCCAAAAGGUCUCAUCUGUAUAUUGAUGUGAUAUAUAGCACACAAAGCCUUUUUGCAGGGAACUAGUCAUAUUUUACAAUUGUGUUUAUUGAAACUGACUUAAUAAUGCAGCAAUAAAACACCUGAAUUAAAUUUCUUCUCUUGAUUUUUCUUGUAUUAGUCAUACUGAGCUGAAACCUGUGUAUCUUAGAAGGAAAUCAAACCCAAAAGGGAAGUGCAUUAAAGCAACUACGUUCCAAAUACAUUGGAUAAAAGGCAAAAUAAAAUAUAGGAAGGAAAGAGAACUUUGUCAGAUUUUAUAAAGCUAGUAUAUUUUAAUAAAUAUCAAUGUUUAUGUAUGGUACAUGUAUAACCAAUAUCAAACUACAUAUCAGUUACUUAUGGAUUAUACAUUUUAUAUUCUAUGAAAAUUAUUUGAACUUUUAUCUUUGUGAUUGUAAAUGUCAUCAAUAUUUUGAAGGUGCUCUUAUGAUUUGUUGGAGCACACCCAAUAUCACACAUGAAUUGGCACACAAGUAAAAAGUGUGCAAUGUUCAGCAAAUGACCAACCCACUUCUGAUCACUAUGACAAUACAAAAUUUGAUAAAUGAUCAAAUAAUUUUCAUAAUUCCAGGCCAAAAUUCUUCUCACAAUCAAAGAAUCACACAUAUGGAUCAUGUUUAGAUCAUCAUAACAUACUUCAAAAGCCGAUGAAAAAGAAGAAAAACAAAGUCGGAUCUGAAAAUGAAAUAUAUUUUUAUUCACCCAUAUACAAGAUAAAUCUACUUUGGAAGCAUAAUUUCUUUUACACACAUGAAAAUUUGGGCUUACAUGAAAUACAAUAAACUUGUCCACAAUUCACAAUAUUUAGCAAAGCAAGAUGCCCUGUACCUCUUGCUUGAAGAGGUUAAUAGGUGAUUGUGUCUUAUGGGGAAAGUAAGUAAAUGAUUAAAUCCUACAAACUUAAAGGGGAAUGAAACCUUUGGAACAAAUAGGCUUGUGUAGAAACAGAAAAAUCAAAGAAUAAGAAU